AUGGCAAAGAUAGCGGUUGCUCUGUUCAUGAUGAUGGCUCUUUGUGGAGUUUGUUUUGGUGCUGGCUACAAUGUUGGUGAAUCGGAUGGCUGGACCAUUGGAGUCGAUUAUAACCAGUGGGCUUCUACCAAGAAAUUCCAAGUUGGUGACACUCUUGUUUUCAAUUACAACACCAUGUUCCACAAUGUGUUGCAAGUGACCAAACAUGACUAUGAAUCUUGCAACGUCAAAUCCCCAGUCGCCACCUUUGCUAGUGGCAGAGACUUCAUCACCCUCGACAAAGCAGGCCACUCGUACUUCGUGUGUGGUUUUCCUGGUCAUUGCCAAGCGGGACUCAAGGUUGCUAUCUCAGUCAGGGCGUCAUCUUCUCAGAGCCCAGAAGUUCCAAGCCCCCCUUCUACACCAAAAGAGAUUCCUCCUCCCCCUCCUCCUCAAACCCUUUGUGCUCCUGGCCAACCUAAUUUUCAUCCUCCACCAUUAGGGUUUCCAAACGUACCUCUUCCACCGGGCUUCCCAAAUUUUGGGACGCCUUCAGGACCUGGCUUUCCUUAUUUGCCUCCUUUCUACAGUAGUGCAUCUCUCCAUUCCUCUAACCUCAAGGCAGCAAUGUUGAGUGCCAUCAUGACAAAUUUAUUUGCUGUUUUUGCGUAUUGA